AAAAACCUGCUUCAAGGAAAGAUCUUGAAAAUGACUUUCAUUGUGAAAAGCUGCACUUAGGUCCUAGCUUUCGAUUAGUGAAGACCGCAAGCAUCUACCACUUUUCUAUCAAACGUUAUUCAAAAAACAUCCGAGUGCAUUCUUUUUUUUUACCGACAAUACUAUUUUUCUUUUUAUUUCUGUUUGAAGAAUCUGUGGCAGUAGCUUUUUUCCUUUUCUGUCCUUUCAAAUUAGGUCACACUGUAUUUUUUAUUCUUAAAUAGGCCAUGUCCAUCUAAAUAUAUGGAUAAGUGCACAGUAACUCGGCGAAAAGGUUGCUUUAUAUAUUUAUUUUUGAACAAAAGGACAAGAAAUAAGAGAAAAUAGCGAAACUUAAAAGUUGCUGUAUUAAAAGAAAAUUUUUAGAUCCAUUAACUACCUCAGAAUCGAGAGGAAUGAACUGUAAACGAAUUUUAGGUAUGAACAUCUUUUCAAGUUUAAAUGCAGACUAUUUCGCCUCUCUAGGUUAGUUUAUAUUAGUUAUUGUAGAAUUAUGGUUUUGUUUUGAUAGUAUUAUAAGAAUUAAACAUUUGAAGUUGUAGCAUAAUCAGACUGCUGAUCUAUUUCCAACGAUUCUUCGCAUCAAAAAGAAAACUUACUAUGUUUAUGUGUCCAGCUUAUUAUGGAUGCAGAGAACCAUAUUUAUAGUCACGACUUCAAACAUCUGUCAGGUAGCUAACUUAUCUUGAUGAGUAAUGAUUUACUCAAGAAAUGUUCGCUACUUAUUUUUGAUUUAGUGCUUCUCUACACUAUAUCAUCUAUAAAUUUCCGACCCAAUGUCAGAUCCGAUCUGGAUAUAUCUUAUCUACAGCGUAUUAUUAUUGAUUUAUUAAAUGCCAUUAAUGUUCAUCCUAGAGAUGUAUCAGUAUGUUUACUUUGUUGUAGAAGAAAUGUUUUUUGAAUAUUACUACAUUUAAUAUUUUAAGACAAUUCGUAAUGGAAUAUUAACAAUUUCGAAAUUAAACUUGCCAAACGAUAUUGUACGUUAAGAUUCAUUUCAAUGAUGCGUUAGUUUUAUGUUUGCAUCAUUUAUUUUCAGAUGUUUGUAUUUGAAAAAAGUGUCAAUAUUCUGCUGAAAUUACUCAAAUUACAUCAGUAUGAAAAUGCCAAUUAUGAUGCGUUACUGUUGCAUAGUGUAAUUAACCUGUUGAAUUAUAUCGCUUGUGGUGUUCAUCAUGAAGAAAAAUUAAAUCGGAUCUCUGGGCACUAUUGAAGUAAAUUGACAAAAAUUUAUUAUUUCUUUUCUUUUUCUUCAUAUCUUACUCAUUGAACUUUGUGGAUUUUUUGCUUAGUUGAUGAUAUAUUUGAUGCAAACACGUAUAAAAACGGAAGUGAUGAUUUACUCGAACUAGUUUGGACAGUAUUGUGGAAUAUAACAGAUGAAACAGCCGAGAAUUGUCGAAAAUUUAUUGAAGAUAAUAAUGAUCUGCAAGCAUUUGUAGAUUGUUUAACAGUGUUUGGUGAAAGAUUUGAGGUCGGAAAUCUUGCUGAAGCAAAAGAAUUAAGACCUUAUUUGAUCAAUGAUACUUAUGUUGAACAGUUUCGGAUGUUAAUGAAACAAAGCAAUACGAAUCUAGAAAUAAGAUAUAAGUCUGGCGGAAUCUUAGGGCAUAUUUUGAAUGUUGGUCCUGAAGUAUUAAUCAUUAGCACAGAUCGAAAUGAAUUAAAUAAUGAUAUAUUUAAAAUGAUUAAAGAUUGGGAUAUUCAUCUGAACCAAACAAUAAACUAUAGGUAA